AUGCUGAAAGGAGCCUUUUCUGCAGAUGCGGACGCGUCGCCCGACUUUGGCCCUGCCCACGACGACCAGAUACCCUCGUCGGAAGAGGAAGAGCUGAGCCAUGACUUCUCCGAAACUGAAGCCGGCGGUAGCGGGCGCACACGACUAGACAACGGUGCGACUGCAACCGCACAGGAGAAUGCUGGUACCAGCGAUGAGGAAGAGGACGACAAUGGCAUGCUGCCCCGCGACAAGCAGCGACGAACCGCCUUCUACGACUAUACUGCGGAGAAGCAGAUGAGCCACACAGAAGCCAAACAGUUCUACCAGCGUCAUCAGCUAGAGACACAGUAUGGAGGCUCACAGGCGGGAGAGACCUACAGCCCUGCCAUGCGCGCAAAGACAUUCCCCGCCAACUUUGGCGGUACAGACGGUGUAGACUUCCAUGGCAAGGCAGAAAGCAUUCGCUCUAGGAAGAGCAAUGUCACGCUCGCGAAUCAAGGGCAUCGGUCCAACCUGCCCAUCGGGUUGUCACACACAGAGCAGUCACAGGAUCCGCGCCGACACAUGACUCAACACGGAGCCAACACUGCAGGUACCGGCAACGAAGGCGACGCCUUUCUCCAAGCCGAUCAACAAGCUCGAUCUCACGCGCAACACCCCGGUCUCCCUCACGAAGAAAAACCCCUUCUGGCUGAAGAGGGCAUCCACGGUGCGGGCGCAGGCAUUGGUGUUGGCACAGGAGCAGGAGGCUUCGCAAUGAACGAUUCCAGUAUCACCACUGAGCUUAGCUCCAUCUAUACGAAUAUCCAGAAAGUGUUAGAUUUACGUCACAAGUACAUCCGCUUGUCUUUGCAGCGCAACUUCGAUAAUCCCAAAGAUGAUCCAGCUUGGCGCAUCUACCCCACCCCUCCUGAACCAGUAUGGAACGACUCUUCCAAACAGCGUCGCAACGCAGGCGGCAGCAGCUUGCAGAACAGCGGAAUCAUUGAGCCUAAUGAACCGGCCAAGCCACCUCGCAAGAUGGGAACAAAUAUUGGCGAGGACUUCCAUCUGGAGGACUGUCUUCCCGUACCCGGUCCCGGAGAGAUGUCGUUCCGCCUGGACAGCAGCGGUGUCUACCAAGUGUACGAGACCGCCAAGUCCGCUGAGCUGGACACGCCCAUCGUAUCAAUCCCUACAUUACGCGAAUUUUACAUCGAUCUCGAUUCCAUCCUUGAUAUAUCUUCUGACGGACCGAGCAAGAGCUUUGCUUUCCGUCGGCUUCAAUAUCUUGAGGGCAAAUUCAAUCUUUACUACUUGUUGAAUGAAUACCAAGAGACGGCCGAUACCAAGAAAGUGCCGCACAGAGAUUUCUACAACGUCCGAAAAGUCGACACCCACGUUCAUCACUCAGCAUGUAUGAACCAGAAGCAUUUGCUGCGCUUCAUCAAGUCCAAGAUGAAGAAGUCCCCGGAUGAAGUGGUCCUGUUCCGUGAUGGCAAACAUCUCACACUGAGGGAGGUCUUCGAGUCGAUUAACUUGACAGCGUACGAUCUAAGUAUUGAUACCUUAGAUAUGCAUGCUCACACGGAUUCGUUCCACCGAUUCGACAAAUUCAACUUGAAAUAUAACCCGAUCGGUGAAUCACGCCUACGAACCAUCUUUCUGAAGACAGACAACUUUGUCAAGGGCCGAUACCUAGCAGAAAUCACCAAGGAAGUCAUCUCUGAUCUUGAAGCGAGCAAGUACCAGUUCGUUGAAUGGCGCAUCUCCAUCUACGGUAGAGACAUUGAAGAGUGGGAUAAGCUGGCAGCUUGGGUCAUUGACAACAAGCUGUUCUCGCCCAACGUCCGCUGGUUGAUCCAAGUACCUCGUCUGUUUGACGUAUACAAAGCGACCGGUCUCAUGGACAACUUCCAGCAAGUUAUCGUAAACGUCUUCCAGCCAUUGUUCGAGGUCACCAAAGACCCGUCCAGUCAUCCCAAACUUCACGUUUUCUUGCAGAGGGUCAUUGGAUUCGAUAGCGUCGACGAUGAGAGUAAAGUCGAGCGACGCGUGUACAGGAAGUUCCCGUUCCCGAAUGAAUGGGCUACGAAGCAGAAUCCGCCGUACAGCUACUGGAUGUACUACCUUUUCGCAAACAUCUCAUCACUCAACGUAUGGAGAAAGCAGCGCGGCUUCAACACGUUCCUCCUGCGUCCUCACUGCGGAGAGGCUGGUGACACCGAUCAUUUGGCUGCUGCAGUACUAUGCUGUCACAGCAUCAGUCACGGUCUUUUGCUCCGUAAGGUGCCUCUUCUGCAGUACAUCUUCUACCUUGAACAAAUUGGUGUCGCUAUGUCGCCUCUCAGCAACAACGCCCUUUUCCUGGCGUACGAACGUAACCCGUUCCUGAGUUACUUUAGACGUGGUCUCAAUGUCUCGCUAUCGACAGACGACCCUCUACAAUUUGCCUUCACGAAGGAGCCCCUUAUCGAGGAAUACUCAGUUGCAGCGCAGAUCUACAAACUGAGUGCUGUGGAUAUGUGUGAGCUAGCCAAACAUUCUGUCGAGCAGAGCGGGUUUGAGCAUGUUGUCAAGCAGAAGUGGUUGGGUAGCAACUACCAUCUCCCUGGUGUUGCAGGCAACGACAUGGCGCGAUCCAACGUACCUAGCAUUCGCGAGGCGUUCCGACACGAGACGCUCAUGGGCGAAUUAGCUAUGAUCGACCGCUACACGCGCGCUGCGCAAGCUGGUAGUCAUGAUCUCACCAGCUCUAACUUGCAGUCGGAAGUGCCACAGACGCCAAAGUCACUCCAAGGAACACAUCCCACAUCUCCCACCCAUGCAUCUGCUGGUGGCAACCAAGUGUUCUCUAAGCUACCUCCAGCCCAAGUCGCUCGGCUCAAGCCCUCUGCCUCGACAACCGACAUGGGUAGUAUGCAAGGCCAACCGGCCUCGCCUUCAGGUACAAAGGAUGGUGCCAGCUCUAGCAUGACUGUCAACCCUAGCACGAUGUCUGUCGCUCAACCGACAGAACCUGAAGAGCCAGAUCAGGGACUGACGCGCUCAACAAGCACCAUUACAUUGGAUGGGGAGCCUAGACUGUUCCCCGGUAUUGUCAGCAGCAGGAGCAGGAGACGGAGCACCAGGACUAGCCAGGCCGAGGAUGGUGACAUGACAAGCUCGCGUUUGAGGUUCCGCACGGGUGACCAGGAGAGUGUUGUGGAGGAAAGGGAUACAGAUGAUGAGGAUUAG